UCCUGUCGUGAAAGUAAUUAUUGUUAUACUAAUAUUACCUCAGGAGUUCCACCGAUGUUUUAAGCAAAAUAACCGUCUAUUGUUAGAUGUAGGCCAUCUAAGAACAAAUUCAUUUAUUUUAGGCUAAUUGCUGUCUGUUUCAUUUUUGUUAACCUGUAUUAAAUAGCCUAUUUCUAAUUAUUGAGGAGGACGGACGAGGAGGCCUGUGCACAGAGAGAUGUACCAUCUUAAACUUUAUAACACUGUCAUAAACAAAUGAGUAUUCAUUGUUACAGUUACAUAGAAAUGAAAUGCAUCCAACUGACCUCUAGUUGUCUCAGCAUUUUGCUGUCUGUUUUUUAAAUGUCUCAUCUUGGUACGUCCAUAGAGCUUUCACACACCGUGAUUCAUUCACCACUGUCUUACUCAUAGCGAUUGUGUCAAGUUAAAGUUAGCAGAAUUUUAUAAAUACACAAAGCCUGUGAAACAUCGAAGAACGUAGAUUUUCACACGUGUCACACCGGUGAACCAACGCCUUGCUACAUUUCUGCUUCAAAUUACACCGAUUCCGGGACAGAAGUGCACGUGCAGAGAGUAUGUCCGACAGCUCGUGAAGGCAACAACUUUCCUGUGAGCGGAGGCAGUUUUCUCCUCCUAUCAGCGCCAUUGUGUGACAGAGUCUUUGGGAGCCAGGACGACUUGUUCUUCUGUAGCCGACAGGACUGUUUAAAUACCCCCAUGUUUCUGGUUCAGACUCCGGCGGACCUGGAUGUGAUAUAUGUUCGGUAAAGGUGCGAAGCGGAAGCUGGACGAGGAUGAAGAGGGGCUGGAAGGCAAAACGCUGGAGGCGUCGGUGGCGGGAGGGGGACUAGGCCUUGGUCCCGAGGGUUUGUCCAAGGUGUCGUACACUCUGCAACGGCAGACCAUCUUCAACAUCUCCCUGAUGAAGCUGUACAGCCAGCGGCCACUUGGGGAGCCCAGCCUGGAGCGUCGUGUCCUCAUUAACAACAUGCUGCGACGCAUACAGGACGAACUCAAGCAGGAAGGCUCCCUGCGGCCACUGCUCUUCCCGCCCUCGCCGCCGCCAGACGACCCCAUGGAUGAGGGCUUCCGUGAGGCGCCCCCCUCUUUUGGUGUUUUGUCAGCGACAAACACACAAGUAUCCCAGCCUUCUGCACUGUUGAUGCCGGUGAUCGCUCCUCCGUCUUCACCACACCCAAUGGUGCCUCCCAACUGCCCGGCAUCCGAGACCUGUCCCAACCGUGCGGGGGUCUGCCCCGCCCCUCUAGAAGCCUGCCUCACUCCAGCCUCGUUACUGGAGGAGGAUGGUGGAGAUUCAGCCUUUUGUGUCCCGUCCCCGCCCACUCCUCCUCUGUCGCCUCCCCCGGUGCAGCCUCCCCAACUACCUUCGGCACUUCUGAGCCAGGCGCCCCCCAGGGUCCCUAUGCCUGCCUCGUCCAGUGACGGUUUCUCCUCCGCUCUGAGUGACAUGGAGUUGGGUCCUCCCACAGCCAUAACAAGGACAGCAGCAGCUAAUAAUACGACCGUGACUACCUCCCCAGCUCCCACGCCACUCACCCAGCCCUCCCACUUAGCAUCCCUCUCCCCAGCAACCACAGGCCUAUCCAGAGACUGCAGGACCAUGGGUGCUAAACCAGAGGCAGCUGGCGUCUUGCUAGCGGAAGGCCGUUGUGCCGAGCUCCGACCGAUGGACAGCCUGCCCACACUGCCCCCUGCUGGCCUGGUAGACAUUUCCUCUUCUCCUUCCUCCCCUUCCUCAUCUUCCUCACCCUCGGGGUUUCUCUCAGACUUGGCGCUGGACGAUGUCCUGUUUGCCGACAUUGACACGUCCAUGUAUGACUUCGACCCCUGUAUGACAGCGGGGGCUGUGGGCGUGAUGACAGGUGGUGGCCUCGCCAAACUGUCGCCAGUGGUGACAGCGGACGACCUCCUCAAGUCGUUCGCGUCACCGUAUAGUGGCCCCACCCCCCAGGUUUCAGCCAAUCAGCCUUUCAAAAUUGAUCUGACAGAACUGGACCACAUUAUGGAGGUGUUGGUGGGCUCGUGACUCACAGACACUAGCACAUCAGACACACACAGACCUUUUAAUCCGGAGAGCAGACUGGAAUGAAAGUUUUGAAACGCUGUGGAGCGUUUUGCUGUUUUUAUGUUUUUUUUACUCUCUUCAAAGGUCGGUAAUUGUAAACAUCAAUGGUGAUGUCAGUUAGUACUACUAUGACAACUACUACUACACAACACUGUGCAUGCACUGUGCUCGCCUUUCCAAAUAUGGAAGUGAAAUAACCGGGAAACAAAGACACACAUAAGUUUGUAUUUCUAUACUUGUGAGGACGUCCAUAGACUCCAUUCAUUCCCAAAUCCUAAUUUAAACCUAAUCCUAGUUUUAGUCUUUAACUCAAAUCUAAGCCUUAACCCUUAAAUUUAACUGUAAAUAGAAAAAUAGGACCUGCAAAUUGUCCUCAUUCUGGAGGAUUCUGCAAUCAUUCUAUCCUUGUGAGGAUAUUUAUUGCCCACAGGUUUAGAAAUACAAGUGAACACACACAUGCACACACACACAAAACAUAAACACACUGAAUCCAUAGCUUUUAGCAGAUGAGUGCCUUUCAAAAUGACCACUUAUUCAAUUCCUGUUUUUACAGUAUUUGUUUUGCUUUUUACAUCGACAUCUUAGAGAGGUCACUCCUCAAUGUUUUUUUUUUUUAAUUUAUUGUAUUGUAUUAAAACAAUUAAUAAGUGAGGUCAUUUCUCAUGAUCAAAUAAUAAUUAUUUAAUCUUUAUCUUAUUACAGAUGCUAUGUUUUAUUUGUAAAGCAAGCAUAAAAAGGUUUUACAAGGAAUACAUUGUUUUACCAGUGUGCAACAUUACCUUUUAGCAUGGCUAUAUAAUUAUGCUUUGGGAAUAGCUCUUUUAAACACGUCACCUGUUUGUUUGUUAAACUUUGUUGGUAGAAGGAGUUGUCUGUUCUUCACGUCUAUGAAUUCAGUUCAGGACUAUUUUUGUCUUACCCUUCUGUAUUGGCAGGCACAUACAGCAUAACUGUGCGGGAUGCUAUUUUACAUGGGCUCCGUCAUUUGGGCUAGUUAUCAUGCUUCAGUUACAGCAGAAUUCAAAUGAACUACACCCACUGGAAAGCUUGACGUGUUUACAUUGGAAGUGGCCACAGCACCACCACCAACUCUUGCUUCCCAGUUGGAUGUGAAUGAUCUGAAAAAGCCAACCUGUGCUGAGACUUGAGGCACCAAACACAUUAAAUUUAGCUGUUAAGGACUCAAAACAGUUAUCAUAUAUUGCAGGGAAAGUCACUGUGGUACCAAUGUGACUCCAUAAAUUUCCCACAAAGAGGCACGCAAAGAAAACUGACAAAAACUUUUCAUAGAAAUGCCUUAUUUUUGGUUUGAUUCCUACAGAAUUAGCAACAUGAGUGACAGACAGAUUACAGCACAGUAUUACACACAGCCGUAUUCACCGAGUGUGUUUACUUGAGUUGAACCUGUAAAUCAGAGCGUUUUUCUCUCAUCUGUGCAUUGUGAAGUACAGUUUUGAGGUUGACUCAAACACCAGUGUACAUUUUAAAUACAUACAUUAGCAGGAUGGCUAAAUCUGUCUCAUAAACAAUCUGAAUGUGGAUUUCCACAGAAGUAGGAUACCCAAACCAUGGUGUUAACUUGAUCCUGCAAUGAUACAAAAGACUCCUGUUGUUUCAAAACACCCCCCCACCCCACCCCUGCACAGACCACUAUGCAUGGUUUUUGGCACAAAAAGACAAAAUGUGAUAGCUACGUGCUGCAUCGUAGAUGAGGGUCACAUGAGGAUUCCUAACGUCUACAUGUUUUGUUUUGGUGUUUUUCCUAGCAGACCACACACACAGAGUUACACAGAAUACAAAAAUACUCACUCUUUGCAGUCAAAUGCUGUUUUCACAGUUGAACCUGUCAUAUGCCGUAAAAGUUAACUGUAAAACUGUUCACACACAUUUCUCAUGACUUCUCAUUUCUCAUGAUAAUAUAGUUGAUGUUAUGUUUGAUAUUUAGUAGCUGAAAUCCAAAUCACAGCAGUCCUCAGUUCAGAAACUUGGCUUUUAGUUGUGGUAUUCCACGUGAAAGAAUUACAAGAGUAUGAAAGAGCUCUAUGGAGUAAAGGUAAAGUCUAUAGCAGUGUCACAUAUUUAGUCACAAAUCACACACAGCUCAGUCUGAGUUAGACCAACACGUUGGUACCAGGAUCAUUGUAAUUUAAUAGCUAGAGAAGGCCAGCAGUAGACACAGGCAUUAGCAAAUCACACACCUGACAUCUUUCCUUUUGUGCAGAGGCUAGUCACAGGACCAAGGGAUAGUAAGGGAGUCUUCAAGGUGCUGAUAAAUGGCUCGCUUUUAAGAGUUGUUACAACAAAACAAAAAGUUGUGAAAUGCCUUUUUCUUGCUACAAUAUGAAUGUUGAUUAUCAAUGCAAAAUGGUGGCUUUUCCAAAACCCUCUGUUUGAUGUUUAAAGCUGCAUUCAUUGAUCUUUGGGGUUUUUUUUUUCAGCAGAACAGACAAAACAUAACAUAUGACCUUUUAUCACCCUAUGAAUUGUUUUGAUAAAUUUGAUGUGAACAA